CUCUCAUUCUUCCCCUUUUCCUUCUCAUUUUUUUCCUUUCCUUUCUUUCAUUCUUCCCUUUUCCUUUUCCUCAUUUUUCCAUUACCUCUCCUUUAUUCUUUCCCCUUUCUCGUUAAAAAUAUUUUAUAACUCAAUUUUUUUUUUUUGGAUUUUUUUAGUCUUCUGAACACGAUAUUUCUCGGCUGAAAUUUUGGGUCUAUGAACGUGCAGAAUUUCAUAAUUCGCAAGAUCCAAUAUACAUGUGGAAAUUUGGUAUUUCAGUUAUUGUAUUUAUUUUCUUUAAAAUUUAUUUAUUUUAACGAACUGUACUUGCAGUUCUAUUCUUUCUUCUGGUUCUUUUGGAUAUCUUUGGACGUGUACUAUCACUUUUUCUUUAUUAAUUUAU